UUUAGAAGUCAUUGUUUGUUUGAGUACAGUCUGGGCCAGACCUCAAAAUUUUUAGUAAAAAGCCAUUUUUUUUUAUUUAUAGCCCGGUAUUAACAUGUUUACGCGGACUAUUGUAAGCUGCAAUCCCCAAGGACUAGCGAAGUCAUGCAGCUCUUGUAUGCAGCCAGUUAUCACGUUCAGCAAUUCCUUGUUUUGUAAUGGACUCAUACAAAGGCUUGACAACUCCCAAAUUUCCUCGCGGACAGUAUCUACUGAUCAAACUGAUGAAUCUGUUAUUAAUAGUAACAACUCAAAUGGGAAAGCCACUGGUCAAAGACAUGACAGUAAGGUUGCCGCGAAAAGCAAGACUCUCCCACGUAAAUACAGGGUGUCUUGUCAGCGCUUUUAUGCAGAUGAUUUUAGACGUCGGGAUUUGGGAUCAAUUUCACAGAGGCGAAAGGAACUGAUUGUUCGACAGAGCGACGAAAUGCUGAACGAACUGGAGAGCCUGAGAGUUAGUUGUGAAAGUUUGGUUCAACAGCAUCCGAAUGCUAAGUUGGUCGAGCUCGAAGAUUUAAAUAGUGAGGCAAGAGCUAUUGUUGAGAUAUGUAAACAACUGAAACAGCAAGAUGGCGAAAGAAAUGUGUCUGACUUAAAACAAUCGAGCGCUGAAUAUCCGUGGCAAACUAAAUUUUCAGUAGAUUCACAAGAUAGGGUCAAGCAAUAUAAACAGAAAAGGCAACACAUUUGGAAAAAGCAAUGUAAAGCGUCGGCAAAAUCAAAGUCAAUUCAGAUAAAAAACGUAGCUGCUAGUGGAGAUCAGCAGCUUGAACAGAGAGUUAAGGAGGUGGCCCAGUAUGAAGAUUCCGAUCAUUCUACCAAACAGCAAGCACAAACGAAUAAGCAAAUCGAUACGGACAUACGCGACAUUUUUAAUCACCUGCAGAAAGUUAGGAUCGAAAAAGAGCAUUUCAUAAAGCAAUGUGAGGUAUUGUCAAGGCUCCAAGAGUUGAAGCAACAGUGCAGAAAAUUAGCUUACAUGGUAAGGAUCAAACCCAAGGUGGCUACCUCUAGCACAGAUCCAGAGAUGCUUCGUCAUCAGUGCAGAGAGAUGUCACGUAAGGCAAAUAGUGGAAAAGACGGUGAGGAUGGAGACGAUGAUAAAUGCCAGGAACUGGCUUUGAAAAAAAAGUGCGCCGAACUUGCAAAGGGGAAAGGGAAAGAAAAAUGCGAGGAAGAGGACGAGGAUAAGUCCAAAGAGGCGAAGACAGAAAAAGGUAAGAAAAAUGGGGACAAGUCCAAAAAAGCGGAGAAAGAAAAAGGCAAGAAAGAGGAUGCCAAAGGCAAAGAUAAGAAAGAAAACGGAAAGGAAGAAAAAUCCGAAGAAGAAAAAUGCAAGGAAAGGGAAAAGGAAGAAGAGAAAGCCCUAAAAGAACAAUGCAAAAAAAUGGCUAAGGAAAAACACGAUAAGAUGUGCAAAGAAUAUGAAAUCAGGGAAGAGUGUGCUAAGCUGUUUGCAGAAGAAAAAGCGAGGAAGAAAAAGGAAGCGAAUCAAAAAAAAAGCAAAGAAUUUGAGCAAAGGUUGGAGUGCGAAAACGAAGCAAGGAAAGAAAGAGAAAAGCAAAGGAAAGAGGAGGAAAGGAAAUGCGAGGAGCUAGCCCAUAAAAGAGAGUGUGCUAGACUAGCUGCGGAACAAAAAAAGAAGGAAGAAAUGGAGGAACUGGAAAGAAAAUGCAAAGAGAGGCAAGAAAAAAAAGAGUGCGGAAAGUCUGAUAAAAAGCCAAAAGACGAGAAAGAUGUCAAGGGUAAAGAUGCCACAAAGGGUAAGGAUGCCAAGAAGGUGAAAGACAACAAGGAAAAAGAUACCAAAAAAGAUAAGGGAAAAGUCAAAGAACAGAAAGCAAAAGCUGAUAACAAAAACAAACAAAACAAGCUGAUGGCCACAUUUGAAGAACUCAAAGAACAUUGUAGAAAUUUGGCAAAAAUAGCGAAAGCUAAUUGCAAGAAGGGUGCACCCUGUAAAACGGAGCAUAUUGAAAAAGAAUGCAUGGCAGAAGGCCAAAAAGAACUGUGCGCUGCUAAACUGAAAAAAGAGGACAAAAAGGGACAGGAAAAAAAAGCAGAUAAGGGAGGCGACAAAAAAGACAAGGGCGCGUCGAAAGCGGGCAAAACUGAUGGCAAACCUCAGAAAACUGAUGGUAAAAAAACACCUGAGCAAAAAGCAAUUGAAGAGAGGGAAGCGAAACUCAAAAGAUGCAGAGAGAUAUUCGAAAAAGACAGAUGCGAAGCAGAAAAGAAAAAGCAGGAAGAAUGCGCUAAAUUAGAAAAAGAGGGCACUACGUCAUGUGAAGACAAAGGCGCUACGGAAGGUAAAGAUGAAGGCGAAAAAUUCGAUGAAGAAUGUGCUAAAUUAUUUAAAAAAAAAGAGGAAGAACGCGCUAAAUUGGCUCAAGAAAAAGAAUGCGCUAGAUUGGCUCAAGAAGAAGAAUGCGCUAGAUUGGCUCAAGAAGAAGAAUGCGCUAGAUUGGCUCAAGAAGAAUGCGCUAGAUUGGCUCAAGAAGAAGAAUGCGCUAGAUUUGCUCAAGAAGAAGAAUGCGCUAGAUUUGCUCAAGAAGAAGAAUGCGCUAAAUUGGCUCCAGAAGAAGAAUGCGCUAGAUUAGCUGAAGAAGAAGCAAAGAAAUGCGCUAAAAAGGCUCAAGAAGAAGAAUGCGCUAGAUUGGCUCAAGAAGAAGCGUGCGCUAGAUUAGCAAAAAAAGAAGAGGAGGAAUGCGCUAAAAAGGCUCAAGAAGAAGCAUGCGCUAGAUUAGCUAAAGAAGAAGAAUGCGCUAAAAAGGCUAAAGAAGAAGCAGAGAAAUGCGCUAAAAAGGCUGAAGAAGAAGAAUGCGCUAGAUUGGCUCAAGAAGAAGAAUGCGCUAAGCUGGCAGAAAAAGAGAAGGCAGAAAAGGAAGAGAAAGCCCUGCUUGAGAAAUGUAAAGAAUUGGAACUACAAGAACAGUGCGCUAAAUUCGCUGCAGAGCAGAAUGAAAAAAAGCUCAUGAAGCAAUGCAAAGCACAAGGCGACAAUGAAGCAAAGAAAUGUAGCAGUGCUAAGAGCCGAGCCGAUCGUAAAGCAGAUGGCAUAAAACUGAGAGAAGAAUGCAAGAGAAUAGCCUCCAAAAAAAAUGACUCCUGAAGUGUGCAAACUUUUGGACUUGUGUUAGCAGAUUCCGUUUUGUAUGCAGAUUAUAGCGAACAUUUCCUAAACAACCCCAAAUGCCAUUGUUCAAGCCGCAUAAAAUUUCAGAAGAAACCUUGAAAAUGUGUUAUAGACCCACAAGAGAAGCUAAUACUGGUGAAAUAUGUAGGCAAUUUUAUUCAAAAUUGAAAUGGAAAAAAUCAAUCCUAACAGCUCCACUCCUUGCCACGCUUUAAUAUCAGAUUCAUGUAUUUAACUGAUUUGGACCAAAACUUUCAAAUACAUGAGUUGUAGUUUAAAUUGAAAAU